GGUAUAUAAAGGAUGGACUUUGUCUUAGGAACAACUAUACUUGGUGUUACACCACUUCAGAGAAUAAUGAAGGCCCUGCUUGUGACUUUGGUUCUUCCCCUGGUUUUUGUGAGUGGUUCAGCACUGCAGUGCUACAACUGCAUUGAAUUGGCUGGUGAAGGAUGUUUUCCAAGCCCACAAAUGUGUGGCUAUGACCAGAAUGCCUGCGUCACUGCCACAUACAACUUCUAUCCAUAUAAUACCUUCCAGAGAUGCAUCAACAUGUCUGACUGCCUCAUGCUGCAGACUUUUUACUUUGUCAAUGCCCAGUGCUGUCAGACUGACCUCUGCAAUAACAAUGACUACAUAUAGGGCAGAAUUUUUGAAUUUUGAAUAUGGGACAAAACUGAGUAGAUCAAUUUGUGAUUUAAAUGUGUGCAUUUCAAUUGGUUUGCUUAUUUUUUCAGGGUGGACGGUUAACCAGACAAAAUGUCGAUAGUUGAUUUAAAAGUACAGACAGGUAAAAAAUGAUAGGAAACCCUGAAUGAGUGAGUGGAGACACCCAGUGCAGAUGCUUCCAGACAGGUGAUACAAUUGAGUCACUAAUAUCCUGCAAUGCUCUGUGGCAUCUGAUAGCAUUGGCCCUGUUAUCAGUGUGUGUUUGAUCCCAAGUGAUUCUACAGCCAUCUGUGGCCGGGAGUCCAAGACAGCACAAUUGGCCUCGCUCUCUCUGGGUGGGAGGGAUGGCCCUCCCUCACCCCCGAUUACUCAGCAUGAUGCUAGCCAGCGCAGGCAUCUGUUAGCUGACGUAAGAGAACUGGCGGUUAGUGUUCUUCUCCAAGCGUGUUCAGCUGUCCAAUGGGCAUUGCCUUAGCGGCUGUUUAAAAAGAUGCAGUGGCGCUUCACAGGACUCGGAAGAGGGUUAUGUUUGCCUUCGCCUUCCUAGCGCUGAUGGUAUUGUGUGACUGGGGGAGUUCUAACUGGUUGGUGGAACUGGAUAUGACUAAAUUGGGGCAGAAAUUGGAAAAAUACCAAAAAUUGGCAAAGAGAACAGUACAGUUCCAAAGACUUCAGAUUUCCAGAGAAUUCCAGAAUCUAUGACAAGAAGCACCAAAGCUGUUCUGGCAGCUCACGGUGGCGCCACGCCUCAGUAUGAGACUUCAUGUUGUUUUUUCCUUUCAUUUAUCACCUGUCUGUAGUGUGUUAAACCAAAGCUAUUUUCCAUAAAGUAUGUCUUGCUGUAUAGAAUCCUUCUUAAAAUCAUAGUUAAAAAUGCUUUGAAUGUGUUGGAUAUUUGACAUUUUUCAACGUGGAAUAAUAUUUAGUGUACAAAUAAGUUGAAAGUCAAUUCAAAUAAAAGCAUGUUGUCUAAUAUU